AUGUGUCGUCACAAGGAAACCAGGAAAGUAUGCUCAGGCGAUCCUAGGAGGAGUGACCGGCACGAAAGCCACGACACCUGCACAUGGUAUUGCCAGGAGGAUGCUGUUCCCCUCACGGGCGUCGAAGGCGACUAUGUGGCUCCGGCAGCGCGAGACACAUACUUCCAGAACGAGCCGAACCUCAUCGCCCCCUUUGAUUUUGAUUACGACAUGAUCGUUGACUUCACCACAAAGCUGAGAUGGGCGCAGUUUCUUUUUGUUCCUCCGUGCUGGGCAACAUGUUUGUGCUGCUUGCCUUGCUUCCUUCAGCAAAAUGUGGAGUGGGAGACCCGUUCUCAACAUGUGGCAUUGACCAUUGACGGUAUCCGGUAUGUCAAGGAGAAGAGGAAGACGUUGUGCGGAUUGCCUUGUACAGACAAGGGCCGGGAGAGCAAAACUGUCCCGUAUGACAAGAUCACGGACUGCGAUGUCCAGGAGCCUGCUGGCACAGCUUGCUGUUGCUGCAUUGAGAACGUGCUCUCCAAAGUCCACAUUGACACAGCCUCUAGCGGCUCCAAAGGAGACGGAGUUGCCACUCACGAACUUGAGCUGCACGGCCUGGUGGUUGUGUAUGGAGGCACGGUGCAUGCUGCAAGCUGCUUGCGAGCUGUUUUCGUGAAGGUGUGGGCCAUGAAGAGGCCCGGACAGCAGGAAAUGCUGGAAGCACUUCAUGUGCAGGCCUCAGUAGAAAAGGACGAUUGCCGUGAAGAUGGAUCUUCAGAAAGCUUGAUGCUGAGAGCAGGACCGGUGCAACUCCAUCACGAAGCAUCGACAGCACGUAGUUUGGUGCUCGACUUGAACAAGCUGAGCCAGGCAUUCGUGGCCUUCGUCGGGGCCUCCUGA